UCCAGUUUAUUGCUUUGGCAGAGACAUAAGGGAUAGCAUUCAGAAUUCAGAACAAGCAAGAACACGUCUGCGAAUAAAAUACUUCAAAACACUUCCUGCAUUAAGUGUAUGUUAAUUUAUUCAGAUAGUCAGCAUCUCUCAUUCUGAAUCCACGGUGACACAUUUGAAAUAAACCAUGGGUGUGAGAGGACUCACAAGUUACAUUGAAGGAAAUAAGAAACAGUUUUAUGAGGAACGAAAGCUAAAAAACACAAAACUUGUAAUUGAUGGAAACAGCUUGUUCUGCAACUUGUACAUCAAAUCAGGCUUGGACCAGCGGCACGGAGGAGACUAUGAAUCCUUCGCAAACAUCAUCCAACAAUUCUUUGAGACCCUUACCACCUGCAACAUAAAGCCCUUUGUCGUGAUGGAUGGGGCGAUUGAUUACAGUGGCAAGAAAUUUCCAACACUAAUAGAGCGAGCCCAGGGCAGGGUCGAGGAUGCUGGCAAGAUAUCAAGUGGGAAGUCAAAGCAGUCCCAAUUUUCUCCCUUCUCACUCCUCUCCAGAAUGGUCUUCAGACAGAAGCUGUCCAGCCUUAAUGUCCCCUUUAUCUACUGCAUGUUCGAGGCUGACCAAGAGAUUGCCUGCUUGGCCAAUGAGUGGAACUGCGCAGUGCUAAGCAAGGACAGUGAUUUCUAUAUCUUCGACUUGAAGGGUGGGUACCUCCCAUACGAGUUUUUCGAGUGGCACAACAUCAGCAUGUGCCAGGAGACCACGGAAAGGUACAUUCCAGUCUCCCAUUUCUCCAUCAACUACUUCUGUGCCUGCUUCAAUCACAUGAACAAAGAGCUGCUCCCUCUCUUUGCGGUGAUUGUUGGCAAUGACUACACCAGCCCAAGGUCCAGGAAUACGUUUUUUAGCCGGGUUAACUUCUCGCAAGUGGCCCAGCCUGCACACAGCUGGAUGCAUGCCCACAUUGAUGGCCUGCUCCAUUGGCUUUCCAAAUUUCCUGGGCCGGAGGAAGCGAUGGAUGAAGUUCUUGUCCGAGACAGUGCCCAGGAUAUCACUCAGGAUAUAAUCUCCGGAAUGCAGGAGUACAAAGUCUCCCACAGUAACCUGGCGCAGUACUUCAUGCAUGGAGCUGCAGUGGACAACCUGGCAAAAUACUACACACCAGCCAACCUCCCGGAGCCUGUGAGACACUUGCCUGAAUGGCUCCUGGAUAGACUGUCGAGUGGCCACUUGCCCUCCUUCAUUCUUGAUGUCCUAGUGUUGCAGAAAACCAUACUGGGAGUGCAGGUGGAGAACUGCCAGCUUCCCAGCAGCCACACAACCUCCCUGCCAAUCCGCCAGGUCCUCUAUGGCCUGCUUCUGGAUGGGAAUAGGAAGCUUCUCCAGGGGCAGGACAGCGAGCAGGGAGAGACCACAAAUCCAACCGAGGGCAGCCCGCUUUACCAUGUGCAGGAGUUUGACAGGCAGGGUCUCAAAUUCAGGGGAGCCUCCAUUGACGCCAUUCUUCCAAGUGGGUUCCAGCAGUUGCCUCUGGAGAAAUUGAAUGAGGUGCCUUUACCUGUCCGACUCCAGGUUCUCCUGGAGACUCUGGGAGCAGAUGAGUCCAUUACUAUAGCAGAUUGCCCCCACCUCAAUUUACCUGUGUGUGUUACCUGCUACUGGCUAUGCUGCUCCAAGCCCAAACCUAACCUGCAGAUGGUCCAGGCUCUGCUGCUGGGCAUUGUGUAUGGAGAACUUAGCAGACUUGGAGGCAACCAGAGAGGUACAGCAAAUUGGCCAGCGGCUGAGUUCCCAGGCGUGAGGGCAGUCUGUAAUAGGCUGGCCAGGCUACAGGUCAGAGCGAAUGAGAGGAGAGGGCUUGAUUUGGACGUGGCCCAUGCUUACAGCCAGUGGCAGUCCUGCCUGUGGAUGAGCAUCUACCUGAACCAGCUGCUCUGCUGUCCACUUCCAGAGCCAGAGUGUGCCUGGCUGUACAGUGGGACAUUCGUGCACGGUGCUGUGGUGGAGAUGAAGUGGGGCAGUACCCCAGAGGACCUGCUGAUGGGAGCCCCCUUUCCUGCACAGCUCUACAGCGACAUCCAAGUGGUGGUGCAGCGCUCUGUGGGUGCUGACUUUUUCAAGCCCCCGUCCAGGAAGUGGGUGAAUGCCCGUAAGAAAGUUCAGGGGGUUAUGGGGAUCGAUGAGGGAGCUGGACACAGUGUUGUUCUAGGGGCAGGCUUGGACCAGCGGCACGGGGGAGACUAUGAAUCCUUCGCAAACAUCAUCCAACAAUUCUUUGAGACCCUUACCACCUGCAACAUAAAGCCCUUUGUCGUGAUGGAUGGGGCGAUUGAUUACAGUGGCAAGAAAUUUCCAACACUAAAAGAGCGAGUCCAGGGCAGGAUCGAGGAGGCUGGCAAGAUAUCAAUUGGGAAGUCAAAGCAGUCCCAAGUUUCUCCCUUCACACUCCUCUCCAGAGCGGUCUUCAGACAGAAGCUGGCCAGCCUUAAUGUCCCCUUUAUCCACUGCAUGUUUGAGGCUGACCAAGAGAUUGCCUGCUUGGCCAAUGAGUGGAACUGCGCAGUGCUAAGCAAGGACAGUGAUUUCUAUAUCUUCGACUUGAAGGGUGGGAGGGUUCUCCUGGAGACCCUGGGAGCAGACGAGUCCAUUACUAUAGCCGAUCGCCCCCACCUCAAUUUACCUGUGUAUGUUACCUGCUACUGGCUAAGCAGCUCCAAGCCCAAACCUAACCUUCAGAUGGUCCAGGCUCUGCUGCUGGGCAUUGUGUAUGGAGAACUCUGCAGACUUGGAGGCAGCCAGAGAGACCAGCUGCGAGAUCAGUUCGUCUUCGGCAUUUCCAGCAAGGAACUGCGCCGAAAACUACUGAACGCAGCCAGUGAUAACGAAUUAACGUGGCCGAAAAUGAUCCAGAUAACAAAUAACUUCGAGUGCACCAGCAUUGGCUUGCAGUCCAUCCAGAGGGGACCGCCAUCACCGCACCUACGAGCUGACCAUGUAGGCCUGCAGCAACGGGGGGCGAAGCAGCGCGAGUUCAGAAUGGGGAGAACGGAGCCAAGAAGCAACACCGGCAGCGAGUGCCAUCGAUGCCUGGGGAAAGGGCAUGCACCAGGCGACCGCCGGUUUAAAGAGUUUCAUUGUCGAGGAUGCGGCAAGACGGGACAUUUGGAGCGAGCUUGCAAGACCAAGCACCCCGACCUCCACGCCACCGCCAAGGAGCAGCAGCAGCAGCGGCGAGAGACUGGUGGGUCGGCGAGCCGUUCUUUUCAUUCUCGAAGCGGUCCAGAAGUGAACUUUGUGGACAAAACGGAGAGCACGACUGAAGUCCGCCUAUGCGGAGAUUACAAAGUAACCAUAAAUCCGUGGCUUGAUAUAGAUCAAUAUCCGCUACCGAAAACACAACACCUGUUCUCCACAUUGGCAGGCCCAGUGGCUGAGUACCCAGGCGUGAGGGCAGUCUGUAAUAGGCUGGGCAGGCUACGGGUCAGAGCGAAUGAGAGGAGAGGGCCUGAUUUGGACGUGGCUCAUGCUUACAGCCAGUGGCAGUCCUGCCUGUGGAUGAGCAUCUACCUGAACCAGCUGCUCUGCUGUCCACUUCCAGAGCCAGAGUGUGCCUGGCUGUACGGUGGGACAUUUGUGCACGGUGCCGUGAAGGAGAUGAAGGGGGGCAGUACCCCAGAGGUUCUGCUGACGGGAGCCCCCUUUCCUGCACAGCUCUACAGCGCCAUCCAAGGGGCAAUGUGGCACUCUGUGGGUGCUGACUUCUUUGCCCCCUCCUCCACAAAGAAGAGAAGAGGACGGAGGCCAAAUAAGCGGGGCAGAGCCCCACGUGCCCAAGGUGUGGUCAACAGGUUCGCUCUGUUAACAUGCGAGGAUGACGAUGCUGAUGAAGAGUAGGCAGCACUCAGUGCCCAUUUUUAAAGUUGCAGGCUUAGGCGAAGA